GUCGUUUUAGGUUUUCGAAUAUCGCUUUCUCCUCUGCGACGCACAGGUCUUCCUUCACCCUCUGUGACUCUCUCUCGUCCAGUUCUUCCUCAGGUAGAACAACAGUUGCAGUACGCUCACAGAUACAAGACCGAGUUAUAUUUCACUAACUUUAGUCCAUUGCCACCGUCUAUGAUCUGAAGAUAGAAAUCAUGACUGGAAAUUCUGAGAGUACACCUGCAGAGAUGGAGGGCUCAUCUGUUGAGAUAAAAGUUUUGUUCUUUGCCAGAGCUCGAGAUCUAACUGGCAUGACUGAUAUGCAACUGAAGAUGUUAUCAGGGAGUACUACCAAUGAGUGUCUGAAUAAGCUUGUCGCCAGGUUUCCAAGCCUGGAAGAGAUCCGUGGCUGUAGUGUUCUUGCCCUGAACGAGGAAUACACAACUGAGUCGGCAAUUUUGAAGGACAAAGAUGAGUUGGCUAUCAUUCCUCCCAUUAGUGGUGGCUAGCAAGCUAAGAGUAAAUAUCUUACCUGCAUCUUACAAUCUCCUUAAAGCAUCUAUUUUUGUACAAUGAAUGAUGAAUUUAAAUGGUUUUAUGCGCCGUUGUUGAUGUAAUAAGUUAGUCACUUGUGAUCACAGUUGAUGGGUGCCUUCUUCAGCGUGCUGAGCGUUUUAUUUAUGUUAAAAAAAUGUACUAUAAACUACUAAAAUACCAAUAUGCCAUUACUGGCAAGUUAUUCCGAAUAAAGUUUUCAUAUUAAGGUACU